AUGUUUAAGGGACUUAGGACGAAAAAAGAGAGGUUCGAUUUUAGGUUCCGGUUUCACGCGACGCGGGUACCGGCGUCUGGUUUCGACAACCUCGUGGUGUUCGUCGUUCCCAGCGAUUCCGGCAAGCCCGAGGGCCAAACCCCCAAGGCAACGGUCAAGAAUGGCUCGUGCGCGUGGAGCGGGUCGGUCACCAUCACCACAAAGCUCACGCGCCACGCCAAAGCCAAGGCGUACGAGCCCCGGCCGUACCGCUUCGUCGUGUCUUCUAACUCGUUGCGAUCGGGCGUGCUGGGCGAGGCGACGCUGAACCUAGCGGAAUUCGCGGGUUUCGGAGGGCUGGAUCAGCGAACGCUUCCCCUGAAGAACUGCAGCGCUGGCACCAUCCUUCAUGAGAAGGAGGAUGAAGGGUGGGGUGGGGAGAAGGAGCGGGAGGAAGAGGACUGGAUGGCUGGCGAAGGGGAGAGGCGGCCGGGGAGGAGGAAGGAGUCGGGAAUCGACCAGGACUUGGAGUGGCUUCGGCAGCAGGAGCUGCAGAAGCAGCAGGAGGAGAUGCGGAAGCAGCAAGAGGAAAUGCAGAGACAGGAGCAAGAGAAGCAGAAGCAGGAGCAGUUGGCAGUAAAACAGCGAGAGGAGGAGGAGGAGAGGGGGAGGGAGGCGGGUGCGGAGUGGGGUGGGCAGCAGAGCGAGGAGGAGGAGUUGCGGCGGCAGGAGGAGGAAUUGGAGGAGGAAGCGAGGAGGGUGAGGAUGGAGCGGGAGAAGCAGCGCCAGCGGAAGGAGGAGAUGCGGCGGCAGCAGCAGCAGCAGGGGGGCGGCAUGGGGGGAACAUCCGCGGACGUCACGCCCGCGCAGAGCCCCACGCUGCAAGGCAGGGCGGGUGGCUGGGAUACGUGGGGUAGUGGCGCAGGGGACGGGCGCGCGGAGGGUAGGGCGGGCGGGGGAGAGAGGGAGGUAGCGCGGUCGCCAGGAAUUCCCCCGCCUGCGGGGGCGGUGUCCCCGGGGAAGCUGUUGGGCGGGUGGAGCAAGCGCGCCAGCAGCAAAGACGCGCAGGAGCAGGCCGCGGGGGGUGCUGAUGCUUCCGCCGCUGGGGGCGCGGGUGCGGGGAGUGGCGCGCAUCGCCUUCCCCCAGCAGCUGCGCCUGCGGUGCUUCCCCCCGUUCCCGGCGCAGCUGCCGCCUCCCCCAGGGGUGCCCGGACCCCCUCGCCAGCUGGCACGCCCACUCACCGGCCAGCGAGGCAGUACGAUGACGUGGCAGGCGCGGAGGGCGGCGGGAUGGGCGGGGGCGGGGAGAGCUCCCCGUACAGGUAUGGUUCCCCCAGUGCGCGGAUGGGCGGAGCGGGGAGAGACAGCCCUGACAAUUACCGCAGCCCUGACCCUUCCCCAGGGAUGAUGGGCGCGGGGUACCCGUUCGGGGAGGGCGGAGAGGGAGGCGGGGAGGAGCGCAACAGCUUUGGCGGCGGCGGCAGCAGCGGCACUUACCCCUUCCAACCGGGAGCCGCCCCUGAAUCGUUCGCGCUGCCCGACGCUGCCAGUCCGGACGAGUCUCCCCGCUCUGGCGGGUAUUCCGGCAGCAGAGGCGCGCGGGGGGGAUACUUCGGCGCGGCGGAACCUGUUGGGCGCGGGGGAGGCGGCGGAGCGGGCCGGGGGCAGGGCGCGGAGAUGCACGUGCGGAGGGACACGUCGGCGGAGCUGGCGGCGGCGGAGGCGGCGAUAGAGGAGCUGCAGCGCGACUGCGUCAAGUACCAGACGACCUCCCGCAACCUCUCCCGCGAGGUCGAGAGCCUGCGCGGGCAGCUCGCGGAGGCCUUCGUGCAGGACCAGCGCGCGGACAUGGCGAUCGGGCAGCUGAAAGACGAGCGCGAUCGCCUGCAGGAGGAGGUGAAUAUGCUGCGCGCGGGGUUGGGGGGACGCGGGGGUGGUGGCGGGGGGUUGUCCGGGGGUGCGGGGGAGGAGGAGGGGAUGGAUACGAACUCGUAUGUGGCGGACGGGACGGAGAGUGAGUGGAGUGUGGGGGGAGGCGGGGGCGGGGGCGCGGAGGGGAUGAGGCGCGUGGCGGGGCUGCUGGAGGAGGCGGAGUUCCUGCGCGGGACGGUGGGCGCGCUGUCCGCGCAGGUGGAGAUGCUUCAGCGGGAGAACGAGGCGCUGAUUGCGCAGGCGGAGCAGGCGGAGGCGGAGGCGGGGAAGUACCGGCGCGACGCGGAGGAGCUGUUCGAGGCGCGCCAGGAGACGGAGGCGGCGCUCAAGCGCGCGCAGAAGCAGGCGGACGAGCGCGAGGCGGAGUGGCAGGAGCGCGUGCGGGACAUGGCGGAGGCGCAGGCGGCGCUGGAGGAGCAGCUGGCGGAGCUGCAGGGCGCGGGGGGAUGGGACGGGGGAGGGUCCGCGCGGCCGAGCCCCCUGGGACCGAGGGGGAAGGGAGAAGGGCAGGAAGGGGUGGAGGACGGUCUAAUGCUGUCAGAAACGGUGGGGAUGAGCGGGAGCAGCAGGAAGAGCCGGGGAGGAUCAUUCGCGGAGGGCGAGGCGGGCGGAGAGGCCGAGCGGGGGGGAGGGGGAGCGGGGGACGUGAGCGUGGUGGCGCAGCUGAGGCGGAAGGUGGAGGAGCUGGAGCGGGAGGCGCAGGAGUUGACUGCGGAGAGCCUGGAGCUGGCAGCGGGGCUGAACGUGGCGAAUAAGGAGGGCGAGGUGAAGGAUGCGCUGAUAGAACAGCUGCAGCACGAGCUGAUCGCUGCUGGGAAGAAGGAUUCGAUUGCCUCGGCUGCUGCUGCGUCUGGGUUUGCUGCGUUUUUCAGCAAGGGGAAGGCGGAGGGGAAGAGCGUGGCGAGUCUGAUUAAUUCCGGGCCGGCGGCGAAUGAGAGGGAUGUUGGGAAGCUGCAUGGAAGGAUCGUGGAGCUGCUGCAGGCGCUGAAGGAGCAGAGCAGGGAGGCGGAGGAGGCGAGAGAGGAGGCAGUUCAGCUGCGGAGUAAGAUGCGCGUGAGUGAGAUGGCCACUGCGCGCGCCAUGGAUAGGCUGAGCAUUCUCGAGGAGUAUGAGCGCCGGGCGAAGCAGAUGGAGGGGGAGUUGGAGGAGACGCGGAAGACGCUGGCGGCGCAGAGAAGGUUGAGGGAGGAGCAGGAGCGGCGGCAUGUGGGGGAGGUGGAGCAGCUGCGGGAGCAGAAGCGGGACGCGGAGAACCGGGUGACGAGGUACGGGGAGGAGGUUCGGCGGCUGGAGCGGCAGGGGGAGGCGGCGGUGAAGCAGGUGGAGCAGGUGGGGGAGACGCUUCGGGAGUUUUUUACUGCGUGGGGGGGGGAGAAGGGGACGGGGGAGGAGGGGGAGACGCUGGGGGAGCAGGCGGAGGGGAAGGAUGUGGCGGGGAAGGUGGGGGUGGUGGUGGGGGCGGCGGCGCUGUGGCAGCAGCGCGUGGGGGAGCUGGAGCGGGAGAGAGAGGCGCUAGAGGAGCAGGUGAGGGAGAGUGAGGCCCGCGUGCACGAGGUUGAGUCAACGUCUGGGGCGUGGCGGUCGGAUAGAGGGGCGCUGGAGAAGCAGGUGAGGCGGUUGGAUGAGCAAAGGCGGCUGGCUGAGUCGAGGGUUCAGGAGCUGGAGUUGCAGCUGUCGGCCAUGCAGGAGAUGCUGGAGGAGGCUAAGGCGGAGGCGGGGGCGGCUGCUGCUGGGGGGGGCUUGGCUGGGGUGACGCUUGCUGACGUGGAGGCGCUGCAGGCGGCGAAUCAGAAGGCGAGGAGGCGGAUUCAUGAGCUGGAGGGGCAGGUGAGGGAGAAGGAGGAGCAGGUGAGGGGGAAGGAGGCGGAGUUAGAGGUCGCGCUGGCGGCGGUUGCUGCUGCCGCGGAUUCAGCUGCAGCGGCGGCGGCGGCGGAAGCAGUGGGGAGGGCAGGGGCGGGCGGGGGAGCAGGAGCGGGGGCAGCGGGGGCUGGCGGGGGGAGGGCGGAGAGGGAGUUGGAAGACGCGCGGAGGAGGGUAGAGGGAUUGGAAGAGGAGAUUAAACGCAUGUCUGGGGAGUUAGCGCUGGCUGGUGUGAGCCGGCGGGAGCUGGAAAUGAAGGUGCUGCGGCUGGAAGGGGCGUGCGGCAAGCUGGAGAGUGAGCUGCAGGAGGCGAAUGUGGGGCGGCGGCGUGCGGAGGAGAGGCAGGCGGACGCGGAGGCGCAGCUGGCGGUGGCGGUGGACAGGGCGGAGACGCAGAGGGGGCUGGUGGGGGAGUUAGAGGAGAAGGUGAGUAAGGGGGCCGCGAGGGAGGAGGCGUUGGAGCAGUAUGUGGCUGUGGUUGAGGGGAAGGUGAAGGAGGGGGAGCGGGAGAGGGAGAGGUUGGAGGGGCGCGUGAGGGAGGAGGAGGAGAAGAGGAAGGAGGUUGAGAGGAGGGUUGGGGAGAGUGAGGCGGCGGUGGGGAGAGCGAGGGAGGAGGCGGAGAGGGAAGUGGGGGAGGCGAGAAGAUUGGUAGAGGAGAUGGAGGCGCGGUUGGAGGUGGGGGAGGCGGAGAGGGAGUGUGCAGUGGCGAGGGCUGUAAGGGCGGAGGAGGGGCAGCGGAGGGAGAAGGCCGAGAGGGAAGCGGCUGUGGAGCGGUUGACCAAUGAGGUGGCGCUGCUGACUCAGCAGCUGUCGGCUUUAUCUGAGGGGGGGAGUGGAGGGGAGGGCGGCGACAGGCUGUCUGCGGUUGAAGCCGCGGAGCUCCGGGCUGCGAAGGGCGAGCUAGAGGACAAGCUGCGCCGUGCGGAAGGGGAUUUGAGAGAGGCGGUGAGGGAAAAGGUUAAGCUGGAGGGGGAAGUGCGGGCGGCGAAAGAAUCGGCAGCAGAAUUAAAGGUCAAGGAGGGGACGCUUUUGGGAGAGGUAGAGGAGUUCAAGAGACAAGUGGCGGCGGCAGCAGAGGCAGCAGCUGAGUUGACUCGCAUGAAGGAGCAGCACGAGCAGGUGGUAACACAGCUAGCCAAGGCGGAAGCUUCUUUGAAGGAGCUCCAGGUGGCACGGGAGGAGCUGGAGCAGGAGCGCAAGGGGCUGGUGCAGCAGAGCGUGGUGUUGCAGAGCAAAGUGAAGGAGCUGGAGCGAGUCAAGGGGGAGCUGGCCCAGGCCAGGACUGAGCGACAGGUGCUGGAGGAGAGGAGGCUAGCACUGGCGAUGAAGCUGGCAAGGAUAGAGGAGAGCAUGGAGGAGUUGGAGGAUUUACGGGCGCGGAGCGCGUCGGUGGAGGGGGAGAUGGGGCACCUGGCGAAGCAGGCGGAGCAGGUGCCGGGGUUGUUGGAGGAACGGGAGAAGCUGCAGGGGAGGGUUAGGGAGCUGGAGGGUCGGGCGGCGGAGCUGGAGGCUCGGGUGGGCGAGAUGCAGGCUGCUGCUGCUGCGGCGGUGGCAGCGGGUGGGGGUGAGAGUGAGGGGGAUGGUGGUGCAGGUGCUGCUGCAGCCGCGGCGACAGCAGCUGCAGCAGAAGCGACAGUUGCGGCCGAGGCAGCGGCGGCGGCAGCUUCAGCGAAAGCAGAGGCGUUAGUGGAGGAGGUGCGGCAGCUGAAGCAGCAAAACGCGGAGCUCAAGCGUGCUCUCACUGACGGUAGCAGCAGUGGUGGUGGUGCUGGUGGUGGGAUGGAACCUUCCCCCCAGGGGAAGGGAAGCAGGUCUCUGGGCGCAGGGGCGGGGGGCAUGGGGGGGAUGGGCGGAGGGGGAGCAGGGGGGGCGUUCGCCCGCGGGCGGAUGGGGGGGAUCAUGGCGUUGCGGGGGGGAGGGGGGGAGGCGGCGUUGGAGAGGCAGGUGGAGGAGCUGAGGCGGCGGACGGUGGCAUUGGAGGGCGAGGUGGGGCGCAAGGCAGAGGCGCUCGCUGCUGCUGAGAGGCGGCUGCUGGAGCUGGAGGGGAGUGGGGGGAGUGGGGGUGCAGGGGCGCGGGUGGGGGACAUGGAUGCUGCUGCAGAGGAGCGCAUCAAGACGCUUGAGUUCCUAACACACCCCGUUGAUAACUCCAAUGCGACUCGUACUCGUUGCUUCCCCUCUCUCCUGCCCCUGCUGCCAUCCCUACAGGCGCAGGUGGAGGUGUUACAGCAGCAGGUGGAGCAGCAGAGGGCGGUGGCGGAGGCGAGGGAGGGCAGCAUGGGGGAGUACGUGGCUCUGCUCACUGCCACCAAUGAUUCUCUUGCUGCUGGCACUGACGCUGCCACCAUGCAGCUUAAUCAAGCGCUGCUGAAGGCGCAGCAGCAGGUGGGAGAGGUGAGGGAGAGGGAGGCGGAGCUGCGGGCAGCAGCAGCGGUGCAUGACGCCACCAUUCUGGAGCUCAAGGAGGAGGUGGGGCGGCUGCAGAAGAAGCUGUCGCAGCGCAUGAGGGGGGGAGGCAGCACAGCAGGCGGCAGCGGCAUGGUGGAGCGCAUGGCACUGCUGGAGGCAGAGCUGGCAGAGGCCAUGGAGAGCAACCACAAGUACAAGGAGCAGCUCAAGAGGGCCUUGGGUGGGACGGGGAAUGGAGUCGACACUCAGCCCCCUGAAGCUGCUGCUGCUGCACCGAUUCCAGCCAGCCCCACCAAGCCAGCCGCACCUGCUAGCCUGGGGAAUGAUGUAGAGAGGUCGCCUCAGAUGAAAGGGAGAGCAGUCAGCAGCAGCCCCAUGAGCAAUGCCAGUGCUGGCAGUCCCAUGAUGGGAGGCAGUAGAAGACUCGGCACUGCAUCCCCUGCUGCAAAGCCAAGCCCCUUCGGAAGAAGGUAA